UUUGCUAACAACAAUAAAUAAUUAACAAAAGUUGAAAAUUCUUAAACCCAGAAAAGAAAAAUGGACUUGUCGAUGCCACGCAGCAGCGAUUACAACGCAUAUAUACACAAGAAGUUUGGCCACGUCAAGCGUGCACGUGAGGUAGAUGCGGUACCAGAUUGGCAGCAGGGGAGUUCUGUACCCAAACCCUUAGUGAGCCCCGCCCACUAUUUUCCAUAUAAUUUUAUGGCCAUGGCUGAACGUUCUGUGACGCCCGUCUUCGCAGAUUACAUAAAUUUUGCUGAACAAUACAAAGCAACGAGCACGCCAAGCAGAAAGCGGCCAUGCCUGAACCCCGCUGGUCCGCUCGCCAUACAUAAUUCAAGCACAGACAGUGGCAAUAGUUCAACAACUGCAGUAGAGAAUGCCACAACAAAAGGAGAGCCACUUCACUAUCAAUUUAAGCGCCAACUGCCCCCAGUUUCAAACCUUACUCAAGCGCCGUUGGAGCAGUCGUACAUUGCUGAGUCGCCGGUGGGUGCUGAUGAUGCUGCUGGUGGGCUAUUAGCAGAGAAUAUUUCCCAUACGCCUGUGAAGCGUAAGUAUAGCUAUCAAAAUCGUAGAGCCAUCAGGACCCCUACAACAACCUGCCCCCUGCGUGCUCUCGCCCAUGAAAAUAGCGCCACCAAAAACAUCAAUGAAGCGAUUACAAGUGGCGGCUCACUUGAAAUUAAUGCCAGUGUCAUUAAAUCUGUGCUCAAAGCGACACCUGUCGGCACUUUGGAAUUGCCCGCUGCAACAACAAGUAAUGCGACGCCCAGCGCCAACCCAAUGGCUACCGCUGCCGUUCUCACCAGCAUCAGCGAGGAUAAAUUACGUAGCAUUUGUACAUAUCACACCAAUAUGGUACGUAAAUUUCCGCAGAAGGAGCGUACACCCAAAGAUCAGGAGCGCCGCAACAAGAAUACAAUCGCCUGCCGUAUGAGUCGUCGUGUCAAGAAGCUGGAACAGAUUGCGGUCGAGGAACAGUGUAAGCAAUUUGAUUUGGAGCAGUGGCGCAUGCUCGAGGAGACAUUGCGUGCCACCUGCUUGUUGGAGCAAUUGGAAAGGCUUAAUUUGCAGGGGGAGGAUGAUGAGAUCGAAAUUGAUGUGGUCAAUGUUGAGGGUGAGACUAGUAUGGUGAAUGUUGCUGGCGAUAUGUUGGGCAAACUGCAUACGCGGCCGCCGAUUGAGUGUCAGGCUUUCACUAUCGCAAAUAUAUUGGGUAAUUAAUGGAGGACCAAAUCAGGAGGGGAAAAGGGGAGGGCAGAAGUUCGUAAAAUGUUAAACUUCAUUUCAGCGUACUUAUUUAUUAAUGUCUGUUGUACAUAUUUAUUUAUAAAAUUUUCCUACUUGUAAGCCUUUUGUAUUUGUAGCUUUAAUUUUAAAAAUUCUAAUUUAAUACAAUUUUAGAUGUAAUUGAAUUUCAGUGAGGCAUAACACGUUCAUGUCACUGUUUUUAUAAGUUCAUUGUGGGGCGAGUUCCCGACCAAAAUUAAAGGUGGUUCAAAGGACAUAUGCAAACUAA